AUGAGUGAUAAGGGCCUUUCAGUGCCAGCUGGGCCUCUUGUGUGUAGCUGUACAAGAGGGCCGGCCUGGCCAAGGCCCCUGAGUGAGCCUCCGUUUUGCAGGGAGGCAGGUGGGGAUGGACACGGGGAUGAGGAGGGUUGUCAGGGACACAGUGAGCUCUGGAAAGUGAGUGGCUGCUGGCUUUCCACAGGCCAGGAAGGUGGAGGCGAGCCCCUGGCUGCUGGGCUGAAGGAGGAGGAACCAUGGCUGAGUUCAGCCCCCGACUCUCAGGAUGCCCCGAGUGAGGAACCGCCCCUCUCCUGCGCUGUCUCUGGGGAGAAGCAGCCGUCAGAGGUCCCUGGAGAACUAACGGGGGCUGAUGCUGGGAGAGUGUGCCAGCCCCCCGGCUCGGGGGCUGUCCACAAAGACAGAACUCUGGUCCCACCUAGAUCCCAGCCCCAGGGGGAGGGUUGCUCCCUCCUGGUGAGAGAGGUGAAGCCAGGGAAGAGGUCCUGCUCUCCAGCCCCCAGUAAGCAGAAAAAGCCUAAUGCCAUGGGUCUGGCCUCCACGUCAUCUCCUGGUGUCACUAACUCAGCCCAUGCCACACACAACCCAGUGCCUUGUGGGUCAGGCCGGGGGCCCUGCCAUCUGGCCAACCUCCUCAGCACAUUGGCCCAGAACAGCCACAACACAGACCAGAAGAAGAGGCCCCCGGAAGUGACCUGCCAAGUUCGGAAAAAGACUCGAACCCUAUACCGCUCAGACCAGUUGGAGGAGCUAGAAAGGAUCUUCCAAGAAGACCACUACCCAGACAGUGAUAAGCGCCGGGAGAUCGCCCAGACAGUGGGGGUCACUCCCCAGCGCAUCAUGGUAAUGGGGGCUGGCACACUCUCCCAGAAUCCACCACCUGGAACUCUCAAAGAGCAGACUCUUCUUGUCUCUCCCCUGCAGGUGUGGUUCCAGAAUCGCCGGGCAAAGUGGCGAAAAGUGGAGAAACUGAAUGGGAAGGAGAAUAAUGACAAUCCUGCAGGCCCUGCCCCCACUCCUGCCCGCAGUCAGUUCAGUUCUGCAGCUGAGCUGCCACCUACUGUGCCUAUGGACCCAGAGCCUGGUACCUUCCCUCAAGUGCCCCCUCUGGAUACUCUCCCAGAGCCCCCCUUUCUGCUGACGUCUGACCAAACUUUGGCCCCAAGCCAACUGAGUGAGGGUACUCAGAAGGUGGCAGUGACCCCACCACUCUUCAGCCCUCCACCAGUUCAAAGAGCCAACCUUCCUUUUCCCCUUGGCCCUGUCCACACCCCUCAACUGAUGCCUCUGCUGCUGGAUACUCCUGGCAGUGACAGCAGCCACAAGAAUGGCCCCUGUGGGUCCUGGGGGACAAGUGUCACGCCACCACCCACCUGCUCAUACUUGGAAGAGCUGGAACUCCAGGAUUACCAACCAAGCAACCAACCGGGACUGUUCCAGUUCCCCCAGGCGCCACAGCCCCAGUUUCCAUACCUGCAUCCCUUCCCCUUCCACAUGCCCAGUUCAAUGACACCUCCACUGCUGGAAGACUCUCUCUUUACGUUGCCUUAUGGCUCCAAUGGGGGUACAACACAGGGCUACUUCCCAGGCCUGCCAUCAGGGCAGAUCCUGCUGCAGCCACCUGCUGGGAAUAUGAGUACAGUCCCGUGGAAUGACCCCUGCUUGCCAGAACUGCCCUUCCCGGGUGCUUUCUGUCCACCAGCUCUGGGGCACCCCCCGGGAGGCAAUGGCUUCUUCCCCGAUCUGUUUCCGGCUCCCUGUGCUCAGGCUACGAGCAGGCAGCCUUCUCCAGGUCUCACCCCGCUGCCUGAAGGGACGAGAUCAGGAACUGGGCCCUUACCCAGCAAGGCACAAGAGGAACAGGCUGCCGCCUCUGGGGAGCAGCCCUCAGCCCCCAAGGAGGUUCAAGAGGAAGACACGAACAGCCAUGCCCCCUAGCUGUGGGGCGGAGGAGAGAAGAGGCUGCUCCAUGAGAGAGUGUUGGGGUGCCACUGGGGAGAUGGCAGUUGACGUGUUAGGAAAGACAGUGGACUUUGUUACCUGGGGUGAAAGUCGGCUGUUUUCCCCUGUGUAGGCUCAUCUUCCUGGACACUGAUUGGAGAAGGAAGAGGGCUGGCCCUGCCCUUUUCUUCACACCUCUGUAUGGUGGUCCUGAAGACAGAGGAUGGCUAUAUUCUGAAUGUUGUUAUCAGUUUGUGUUGUUUUUUUUCCUUGCUAGGCAAAUGAGCCAAAGUGUCCAC